AUGGUUCUUAUGACAUCGCUCGUAUAUGGUACCAUUCCUAGAGAAUUAUUCACAGCUAAAAUAGAGAGUAUUGAUCUCUCCACUAACCUUUUCGAAGGCUCCAUACCACCAAAUAUUGAAAAAUCCCACAACUUAACUUACCUCAACUUGGCCACAAACAAUCUCUCCUCCUCCAUACCUUCCACCAUUGGAAACCUCCACUCCCUCAAAACCCUAAUCCUCCACUCCAACAGCUUCAUUGGACAGAUUCCAUCAUCCAUUUGCAACCUCACAUCCCUCCAAUUCCUCCACCUCUCAAACAACACUCUGCAUGGAGCAAUCCCAAAGUGUUUAGGACAUCUGAGUAAAUCUCUGCAAGUUCUUCAUCUGAAGGAGAAUGCCUUCCACGGCCUCAUCCCGCCGUCGUUCCCCAACGGCUGCGCUCUCGAGUCUCUCGACCUCAACGGCAAUCAUCUCCGAGGAAAGCUGCCGCAAACCCUAGCAAAUUGUGGGAAGCUGCAGGUGCUCGACGUCGGAAACAAUAGAAUACAAGAUGAAUUUCCCUUUUGGUUGCAGACUCUCGCGGAUCUCCGAGUCCUCGUCUUGAGCCGCAACAGAUUCAACGGCGCCGUUUCGCCCAUCGACGACGAUCGCGCUCCGUUUCAAAAGCUGCAAGUGUUGGAUAUCUCUGAGAAUAAAUUCAACGGCUCCCUCCCAACUAGGUAUCUCGCCACCUUCCCCGCCAUGAUGAACGCGAGGGAGAAUGUGACAGAGAAGAGAAACUGGUUCAGCAAAUACGAGGAAUCAAUGGUGUUUGUUAUCAAAGGUACGGAUCAGCCGGUGGUCAGAAUCUUGACGACGUUCACCGCGAUCGACGUGUCCGGGAACUACUUCUCCGGGGAGAUUCCGGAAUGCAUCGGGAAUCUUAACUCGCUGAGAUACCUGAACAUGUCGCGCAACGGUCUCACCGGGAAGAUUCCGUCCUCUCUCGGGAGCGUGAAGGCGCUGGAAUCGUUGGACCUGUCGUCGAACCGAUUGAGCGGCGAGAUUCCUCGGCAGCUGACGGAGUUGAAUUUUCUUUCCGCGUUGAAUCUUUCGGGGAAUGAUCUUGUCGGGGAGAUUCCUCAGUCUGGCGGCCAGUUUCCGACAUUUGAUAACAGCUCGUACGUUUGGAACUCGGGAUUAUGCGGAUUCCCGUUGACUAAAAAGUGCGGUCAGAUUCCCACGUUGACUCGUGACGAUCAAGAUGAAGAUGAAGAUGAGUCUGAUUUUGUGGAUGGAUUUAGUUGGCGACCUGUGGCUUUGGGAUAUGGAUGUGCAUUCGUGAUUGGAGUUUUGAUGGGUUGCUUUGUGAUGAAAUAUGGAAGGCCUAAAUGGCUUUUGGAACCAUUUUUCGGUGUUCGUAAAGAAAUUAGAAAAACUAAGAAAUGGAAAGUAGAAGUGGUUGAAGUGGUUUUGGGGGUAGACAGGGGAGGGGCGUCUGAACGGCGCCGGUGUGGAGAGAAGGCAGGCGGCGCCCUCGCCGGAGAAACAGGGGCGGCGGCGGUGCCAGAUCUGGAAAAGGGGAGGAGGCAGCGAAGCAGCUGUGCUGUCCGUCGAGGUGAUGGCGGCGGCACCCGCUGCUUCCAGUCGAAGAAAGAAGGGGACCACGCCGGGCUGGAGGAGACGGCGUCGGGCGUAGCGGCGGCGAUGGCUGGCUGGGGGAGCGGCGUCGUGGCCGUCUGGCCGAGAGGGUGA